AUGUUCACCACCGAUAGAAGUCGUGAUUUUGGUAAAUGGUGCAUAAUGCUUGGUCGUGGUAUCUUGGCUCUUAUUGAUACAAAUUAUCGUUCUUCAAAACUAUCUUCAAAAGUAUCUUCAAAGUUAUCUCUGAAAAAAUCUGGCUUAUCUUUAUUCGACUUACCAAAUCGUCUCGUCAAUAAAUUAUCAGAAUCUUAUUCAAUCUCAGAAUUUGGAGAAAUUUCAAAUAUGACUGAAGAUUAUUAUCGUCCACGAAUUCCAUCCGCACUUAAUCCAAACAGAAAUUUGGAACGAAAAAAUGUAAACGAAAUUCCAAGUAAAAGACACUCUCAUUUAGCUUCUACCAAACAAAAGCGUAGCAUGUCUGUCAAGUUGAUAAAUUCUACUGCUGCUAAUAGAGUCAUAAUUAAGCAAAAAACUAAAUUUCCUUCAUUAUCGAUAAAUCAAAAAUCUAAUCAAUCUGAUGAAUUAAUGGAGAACCCAGAGUGUAUUGCUAUUAAAAGAUCCUCUUCUGUUAAUGAAAUUAAUGAUAAAAAUGUAAAACUUUAUGAAGAACGUCCAACAAUUAAUCAACCAAAACGUCGUUUACAUAGUAACAAACCACCUUCUGUUUCUUUAUCAUUGGCUAGAAGAUACUUAAAAAUUAUGUUGAAAAUUACAAAUCAUAAAAAUACUAUAUAA